AUGUCCACAACCUCCGCUACCAUCCACGGCUUCCCCAACUUCACCUACGAGCCCCUCGACCUCUCCGCCGUACGCCCCUCCAUCCGCCUCGCGAUCCUCGAGCCCGGUCACCGACACACCCCCAUCCGCGUCAAACUGGGUCGCUCCGCCUUCGCAGACCGGCCAAAGUACGAAGCGCUAUCAUACACAUGGGGGCGAGCCGACGACCUACGAGCUAUAGAGCUCAACGGCGUGCGGGUUGAGGUGCGGAAGAACCUCUUCCUGGCACUGGUCCAUCUGCGCCAUACGUCCGAGGAGAGGGUGCUGUGGAUAGAUGCGAUAUGUAUCAACCAGGCGGAUCUGGAGGAGAGGAAUAGGCAAGUGGAGUUGAUGGCGUAUAUCUAUGCGCGGGCGAAGAGGGUGCUGGUUUGGUUGGGGAUUAUAGUUCCUUUCGGCGCACAGACGAUGGGGAUGGAGGAUGAGCGGGUUUAUAAAUUAUCACCUUACCGGGGCUUAGAUGAUCUGGUAACGCUGUGUCAUCAGUCGUAUUGGAGGAGGAUAUGGAUUGUGCAGGAGAUUGGAGCGGCGACGGAUUUGGAGCUCCAUUGGGGGUUGAAGUCGCAGAUCGAUCAGGAGAAUAAUUGGCAGUCGAAUUCGGCACUAUGGGUGAACUUCUUUAGCAGUAUAAUGGAGGACGAUGGUACGAACUUGGCUGUUAAGUUGGCACGGCAGAGAGAGGGAAGACACGGAGAUAGUUUUCUGCUGGCGAAUUUAAUGGAGGUUUGCAAGGACUCGCUCUGUGAAGAACCAAGGGAUAAAGUGUAUGGAUUCGUUGGAAUUGCGCAUGAUUGUCAGGAUGGAAGCUUCCCAGUCGAUUAUUCGAAAUCCUUGUUCGAGGUAUACGAAGAUGUGGUUCGAUUCCAGUAUCGUUCUACGGCAUCGAAUACCAAGACGGUUGUGCACUUUAGUCAAUUGGUUCAGAAGCUCUUGGGAGGAACAUAUCAGAUGCAGCAGGAUCUGGGGGACAAAAAGAGUCCAUUUGUCGCACUGCAAUCCAACAACGACAGAACGAAAGCAUUCAAAGCAGUGGGUGUCUACACGGGAAGCGUAUCUUCCGUUGGCUGUUCCUACGAUGAAUUCAUCGCCGUCCCAGAUGCUACUCGAAAAUGGAAAGUCUCUCUCCAGAAAUGCCAAACAGAUCUCGAGAAGCUCCGCAAGAAGAACGAAGGAUUCAUGCGCGUUCUCCUGGAUCUCGAGAAGUCCGAACUCGACAAGAUCCGCGCCAUCGAACCCAACUUCUCCUGGAAGGGUGCAAAAGACAUGCAUGGCGUCCUGGGGGUUCCAACGCGAGGUAGCAGAAGCGAGCACGAACUCCUCCCGCUCUUCAAAUUCGGGCCUGAAGAGAAUGGUUCGCCGGAACAGUCUGCUCCACGACUGUUCUCUACGCGUUCUGGUGUGAUUGGAUUGUUACCUAGCAAUGCCCGGGUGGGAGAUAUGUUGUUUCAUUUCUGGGAGUCGGAUGUGGUUGCAGUUGUGAGGCUGGAGGUAUCGUAUGUGCGGAUCAUUGGGAGGGCGGCUGUUGCGAAUACGGAGUUUGUGAGUGAGUCGAAGUUUUAUACGCCGGGGGAUUGGGUGGAGGAUAGGGAGGGGGAGGGAGGUGGAGGGUUAGACUUUGAGAAGAAGGGGAUUGAGUUGUACAUGGAUAUACCUACGCUACAGGUGUUAACGCAAUAG